UUACAUGAAGUUCUCUCCAUCAAAUCCCAUCUCUCCCCCACCCCCCUGUCCAGCUCAGCCCCACUUCGCUCCUCUUGUCUCCUCGAGUGAGUGAGAGCGCAGUAAAGAAAAGGACAAUCGCAGGAAAGGAUGCAUCGCCUUGCUGCUGGUAUUCCUGUCUGCAUGACUGGAAACGAGCAAACCGGAAUACAGCAAGAAGGACUUCCAGCUUUUCCUCGUGCUAAGGAUCUCCAUAUUGGAAUUGGUUUUGGAAGUCCUCAUGCAAAUGACCCGUCCAUUUGAAUCGGAGCUUUGAUGCGUCACUAAACGCGUCGUUUUGUGCACUCUGUGCACUCGGAGGAUUUACGCGUCGGUGUCACUGGCACAGAGCUGCGGAGAAGUCUGGCUCCGUCACACGCGCACACGCACACACACACAAGUUUGCAUUAGAUGCCAGUGUUUUACUGUCUAUGGAAGUGUUAGCUUAGAAUAAAUACCUUAGUCAUGUGUAUGCAUGCUCCGAUAAGUUCUCUCGUAGAGCGUUUUAAACAUAGAUAGAUAGAUAGAUUGCAACGCUAAACGACACCCUAAAAUAGCUAAAGUAAAACAUGAGAGAGUUUCACCACAGAUCUGGUGUUGGUAACCGCAGUAAAGGCAGAAGGGAAGCGGCUCGUCGGUUCAGGGUCGUUUGUAAAGGAGCCGGCGAGCAUCGCCGGGACCCGGAGCUCUCCAUCUGGCACUCUGCUGAGGAACAGCCGCUGUCGGGGCUGGAGAGAGUGACUGAGACGAGGUGGAGAAAUGAGACGCAACAAUUCUAACAGUUAAACACCCAGGAUUUAUACUAAUAUACGUAUAGAUUGCAAUUUCUUGAUUGUAAAUAUUCAUUUUUAACAAUUCUUACUAUUCUUGUAGGUAAAUACAUUUAAAUAUCCAAGUAAUAGUCAUAAAUAUAGUAUUAGUGAAAUAUAUGUAUUCAACUAAGCAAACUACUAUAAUAUAUUUAGCCUACAUUUGAUUGCAAUAACCACAGGUAAUGCAUAAAUAGCUUUUUAGAAUUAGAUUUACGACAUAUUAGGUCAAAAUGUUGCCGAGUUGUACAUUACUUCAUAUGCGAUUACUUAAAGAAAUCAAGAAUAUAUUUAUUUAGUAGUCAGUAAGUCUUAUUUUAACACAUGAUUACAACCAAACAUGGUGUGGACAUUCAUCGUUCUGUUGACCUUUAAAGGAACUCUUGACCAGCAUAGGGAAAGAACUCAUUCACAAAUUAAACAGAAGAAAGGGACUUAAGAAUUAUGAUCAGAGAUGGACAGUUUGGACAAUUCGUCUUUCUUGGUGGCUUGAGAUUACUUUUGGAGCCUGGACGGGAAUAAUUAAGGAGGAGUAAGGGAUUGUACCACCCCUUACAAUUGCAUUCUGGUGUAGAGCAAGCUCGGCUCCGGCGGAAGAGCAUCGCCACUGGAAAGCAGCCAAGCAUGGAGAUCCCACCCACUGCCCCCCCACAACCCUUCCGACAAUCCAGUUUUCUCAGUAGAAGACUGAAGGGGUCCAUCAAGCGGGCCAAGAGUCAGCCCAAACUGGACCGAACCAGCAGCUUCCGCCACAUGAUCCUCCCUCGUUUCCGCAGCGCAGACCAGGACCGGACUCGUCUGAUGCAGAGCUUCAAAGAAUCCCACUCCCAUGAGUCUUUGCUGUCUCCCAGCAGCGCAGCCGAGGCCUUGGAUCUGACACUUGAUGAAGAUGCGGUCAUCAAGCCUGUUCACUCCAGCAUACUCGGACAGGAGUACUGCUUCGAGGUGAUAACUGCUUCUGGAACAAAGUGUUUUGCCUGUCGGUCGGCUGCGGAGCGAGACAAAUGGAUCGAGAAUCUGCAGAGAGCUGUCAAACCAAACAAAGACAACAGUCGACGCGUGGACAACGUUCUGAAGCUGUGGAUCAUCGAGGCCCGUGAACUUCCACCCAAAAAGCGCUAUUAUUGUGAACUGUGCUUGGAUGACAUGCUUUACGCCCGCACCACCAGCAAACCCCGAACCGAUACCGUCUUCUGGGGUGAGCACUUCGAGUUCAACAACCUGCCAGCUGUCCGCAACCUCCGCCUUCAUCUUUACAAAGAGACGGACAAGAAAAGACGCAAGGAGAAGAGCACAUAUCUGGGCUUGAUCAGCAUUCCCAUUUCCAGCAUCACUGGUCGUCAGUUUGUGGAGCAAUGGUACCCCGUCAUUCAGCCCAGCGUCCUGACCAAGGGUGGUGGUGUUGGAGGGGGCAAAAUCAUCAACGCCUCCCUGCGGCUCAAGUCACGCUUUCAGACCAUGAGCAUCCUACCGAUGGAGCUGUAUAAAGAGUUUGCAGAGUAUGUGACCAACAACUACCGUACGCUGUGUGCCGUUCUGGAGCCGCUGAUGAGUGUCAAGAGCAAAGAGGAAGUGGCCUGCGCUCUGGUGCACAUCCUGCAGAGCACAGGGAAGGCCAAGGAUUUUCUUUCAGACAUGGCGAUGUGUGAGGUGGACCGAUUUAUUGAUCGAGAGCACCUGAUCUUCAGAGAGAACACCCUGGCCACCAAAGCCAUAGAAGAGUACCUCAAACUCAUCGGACAUAAGUACCUCAAAGACGUUUUAGGUGAUUUUAUCCGAGCGCUGUAUGAGUCAGAGGAGAACUGUGAAGUCGACCCAAUGAGGACUCCACCUUCUGUGCUCCCCGAACAUCAAGCCAACCUCCGCAUGUGCUGUGAGCUUGCCCUCUGCAAAAUCGUCAACUCUCAUUGUGCAUUUCCGAGAGAACUAAAAGAGGUGUUUGCGUCCUGGCGCGUUCGAUGCGCUGAGAGGGGAAGAGAGGACAUUGCAGAUCGACUGAUCAGUGGUUCCCUCUUCCUGCGCUUCCUGUGUCCAGCCGUCAUGUCACCAUCCUUAUUCAACCUCACACAGGAGUACCCCGACGAGCAGACUUCACGCACACUCACCCUCAUAGCCAAAGUUGUGCAGAACCUUGCAAACUUCUCAAAGUUUGGCAGUAAGGAGGAGUACAUGUGCUUUAUGAAUGAGUUCCUGGAGAUGGAGUGGGGCUCCAUGCAGCAGUUCCUGUACGAGAUCUCCAAUCUCGACAGUGUUAGCAACGCAGCUGCUUUUGAGGGCUACAUCGACUUGGGAAGGGAGCUCUCGAUCCUGCACAGUCUUCUGUGGGAAGUCAUGGCACAGCUAAGCAAGUCUGUUUUUACCGUGCCAAAGGAUGCUAUCAUCAAACUUGGACCAUUACCCCGCCUCCUGAAUGACAUCAGCAUGGCCCUUCGUAACCCUCACCUCCAGCGACAGCCCAGUCAUCAGACGGACAGACCGCCUCCAGAGAGACAGACAGACAGGCUGCUCUCCAGGCCCAGCUUCAACAGGGGCGUCUCGUCUGAGUUCCAGAACCUCAUGAUGAGAGACCUCAACAGUUCAGUUGAGAUCACUCGCCUGCCCUCUCCAACCUCUGCCAUGUCCAGUGGCGGAGCGCCUCCGGCCCGGGCCGGAUUGGGGGGGUUUGCGGACCGCGAUCAUCCUCACCGAGCCUCAUCUAAAGAGGUUUUCUAUGUUGCCCGUCCCCCGUUGGCCCGCUCUAGUCCAGCAUACUGUACUAGCAGUUCUGAUAUUACUGAUCCAGACCCAAAGGACUCAAGAAUGAACAGCGUCUCUAACCUGCAGUCUAUGGGGGACAUGCUCAACUCUUCCCAGGCCUCGAUUGCCGGCCUCGGCAGCUACGGUGGGCUCGCGGGCUUGGGAGGAGGCCUCGGAGGCCAGCUACGUGCUGGAGGGCGUAUGUCGGCCGGAUCCGGGGGCUCCAGCAUGUCCGGGGGUCUGAGGUUGAGCCAGAUGGGAACCACCACCGACUCGCUGUCCCAGCAGCAACAAGCCGCCGCUCUCCGCUACCCCCUCUCCUUCCAGAACCCUCUGUUCCACCUGGCUGCUGACGGGCCUCAGCUUCACCACCAGCACAGUCGAGCUCAACCUCCUCCUCCUCUCCUGCUGGCCCCGGAGCCGGACGCUUCUCACCCCUCUUACAUCCCGCAGUUCGCCCACGGCGGUUUCUCCCGAAGCGAGGACCUCUCCACCCUCAGACCCGGCCCUCAUCUGGGUCAGCCGAGUAUUAUUCACUCCCACAGCUACAGCGACGACUACAGCCGCCAUAACCAGAGCGAAUACGGGCGACGCCAGAUCCCCAUGCACAUGCAGGAGCAGCAGCAGAUGGCAGGCAUGGCAUCGCAGACGGGCACAUCUCAUUCAUCUCUCGCCACGCCACCUUCCACCGUUCAGCCUGCCCGCCAGAGCUCCAUGGCUCCUCCCACGCAGCGCAUGAAAUCGCAACCCUCACAUCAGCUUUCCGUGAGUUCUGCCGCCGCUGCCGCUCCUGCUGGCAAAACCAGGCCACAGAGCGGAAACCUGCUCCAGUCCCCGGAGUCUGGCUUUGGGGGCCGACAACAGGGCCCUCGGCAGCAGCUGUCGGUCAAAGACAGCACCCCGCCUGGCCUGCCUCAUCAGCAGAGCUCCACCAGAGAGAGCCAAGGGUCCCAGGGCUCUCAGGGAGGAACGCCACAGUCCACACAGCAAUCCAAAUCACAUCAGGAACGACAGCAGAUCCAGCAACAGCAUCUGCUCAAGCCUACCAUGAGCAAACAGGGCUCUUCCCAAUCUCCAACCACCCUCAACCCCUCGAUCCCUGCCUCGGAGCGAACGGUCGCAUGGGUGUCCAACAUGCCCCAUCUUUCUGCUGACAUAGAGAGUUCCCGCAUUGACCGAGAGGAAUACAAACUCAAGGAGUAUUCAAAGAGCAUGGACGAGUCGCGUCUGGACCGGGUGCGUGAAUACGAGGAGGAGAUCAACUCUCUGAAGGAGCGUCUGAUGAUGUCACACCGCAAGCUGGAGGAGUACGAGAGGAGGCUGUUAACUCAGGAGCAGCAGACCAAUAAAAUCCUGCUGCAGUAUCAGAGCCGACUGGACGACAGCGAGAGGAGACUGAGACAGCAGCAGAUGGAGAAAGACAACCAAAUUAAAGGAAUUAUUGACAGACUCAUGGUUGUGGAAGACGAGCUGAGGGUAGGGGUGAUGCCUGAGCAGAAACCCAGGAUGUUCGCAGACCAGGGGAGGCGGCAGUCCAUCUUAGUUCAGCCCCGCCUUGCGCCCGUCCCGCUGCGAAUGAACAGGAAAAGCAGCUUUCCGCCUUGGAUUCAGCAGACCCCAGUGUGAGUUUUGGAGGAGAAUUGACCAGCACUCCUGGCGUUGUGGGAGUCUCCCAAUCGGACAAAUCCUGCACCCAAUCCUCCCUGAACGGAAUCUUGUCCUUCCCAUUAGCCUCCCCUCCUCAUUCCCGUCCAGCUGAACGGAGAGUUCUCCGGCAAACAAAAUCAGCAACGGCAUCGAGGGCAAGUUUGGAGGGGGAGCAGGUCAAUAACAACGCUGACCAAAACCAAGAUAAUUUAUUAGGAAUUCCGAUGAAAAAUUCACAUCUUUAUGGAUGAAGCUUCUGUGGAUGUUUUAUUUCGUGCAUUAGACUGAGGGCAAGUGGGAGGUGGAACCAUUACUUGCACCAUCCAAAACAAAAGGGCUCUCCAUCAGAUCAGAUAUGUUAUUCCAAAAUCACAUUUUCUUUGGAUCGAAUUUAAAAGCCCCUUGCACAUACAGUACCUCUGCCACCACAAGUCAUCCAAAACACUGGAAAGUGCUUGGUUCAGGUUCCAGGUUUUUUUGACUGAGGUCCCUUAUAUUGUGUAAAAAAAAAAUCCCAAGAAGCUGGGAAUGACCCCAGGACCAGUGGGCAAACAAACUAUACAUAUGUUUCGAAGUGUAUAGAGAUAGAAAUGUGACUCACGAACACAUGCCAGCUUUGUCUUGAGGAUUUUGUUAUGUCGUCUGGCUUUCCUAGUGCCUUUCUGUAUCUCCUGACAGGGUUUUCAAACGAACACAAGAAUAACGACAGCAGAAUUACAGAAAUGGUUGUGCAAACGCAGCACUCUUCUCAAGAUUGCUCACUUAGAAGAGAUUGAUGUGUUCUUCUGCCUCAAUGUAAUGCUGGA